AUGACCGUAGACGAGCUGAAAGUGGAUGGUAAUCAGUUUUUGAUACGGUAAGGGGCUGGAUACUGUAACUUUGACUCAUAAUUAUGUAAAAUAAGCUUAAAUUUGUUCAGGGGAUCGAGUGGAACAAAGAAAUAUAAAGCUGAAAUCGAGUUUCAUGGGGAAAUCGAGAAGAAUCAGGUACGACAAAUUGGUACCAAGAGGCAUAUCGAGUUGGUGCUGGGCAAAAAGGUUCACAAAUGGUGGCCUAGGCUUACUAAUAAACAAGUUAAGGUCAGUGUUUAAAUGUUGUUCGAUUUUUUAAAAAUUGUUUUGAAAAGGUUUAAAAAACGAUAGCUUUCGUAUAACAUGUCACUCGCAGCCUGCAGGGUCCAGAACUUGCUUUAAAAUAGGUUAGAAUUGGGUAGAUAGGUAGAAGAUGGCAAGAACUUUUUUUACAAAAUAAAAAAUGGCAAGAACUUUCUUUACAAACUAAUAAAUGGCAAGAACUUUUUUUACAAAACAAAAAAUGUCAAGAACUUUCUUUACAAAACCGUAUUUUAGCUUCCUUGGCUCAAAGUCGACUUUGAUAAGUGGGUAGAUGAAGAUGAACAAGCUGAAGAAGAAGAUCCUUUUGAUUUCACGGCGCUACAAGAGAACUUAAUGGCCGAAGAUGUUAAUAUAGGCGAACUGGAUGGCUAUAUUUCGGAUGACAGUAAUUAUGACGACAUGCCUAAGUUGGAGUUGAUUGAGAAUGAGGAGAACAAGGAACCCAAAGAAUAA